CAGUACAAUGUACAUCAUAAAGUGCCAGAGCUAAAAGCGGCGUCGUUCCCAUCUCAACGACUGCCAAGCCUUGCGUAGAAAUCUUCAUUUCUUGAGGGAAAAGACUGACUGGAGCAUCAUAGGAGGCGGAGGAGGAUACUGAGUUGCUAUUUGAGGAUCUGGAAAGCGAUAUUGCGACAGCAAACACAAAUUUCGCGAGUGACACGCGAUGACUGGGGCACGAAUAAAAUUCCACCACUUCCAAGUCUUACAAGGCUGAAUAAAAAAGGGAGUUCUCAGCCUCCAAGCCAGUAUCUCUAACUACAACCUCGACCAGUGACGGUAUCCGCUGGGUUAUAGCUAUUCCUGGUCAAAGAUGGCACACACGAAUCUCGCUCACCGUCGGACACACAAUCUCCUUUUGAUCUCCAAAUUGCUCAAUCAGCGCGACCAUGCCAGUCCUUUCACCCUCGUCCUCGACACGCUAGAACAAUCAGCCAACUGUUUGUUAUGCGAGUAUUUGCGUCGGUCGAGACUGUCUAAAACGAGUACGAUCUUUCUGUCCUUGGAGACAUUCUCUCAGCCGCGAAAUGUGGAUUACUUUAUCGAAUGCUACGGCGAGACACAAACCCCAGAGAGGAUUGCCAGAGCGGUCACGGAGAUUCUGGUCAAGGGUGGGAGUAGAAGAUAUCUAAUCAUUAUCGACGCGUUGACGACUUUGGCCUCGAUAUCCUCAGAUCCGGCAUCAAAUUUGAACCUGACGACGUUCCUGUCGUCUUUGCUUCAACCACCUAUUCCGAAACAAAGCCCACAACUUUCUCAAGAUCCGCCACAAGUAUCGCUAAUAGCGGUUUAUCAUACUGACAUACUAUUGCCCGCAACACCAUUAUCGACAACUCCAUACUCUCCAUCACCGCUCUCACUUCUAUCAUAUCUCGCCACCACGAUCAUCACUGUGCACUCGUUCUCCACCCUCCUCGCCGAGAAGGCAGCACACGCAAGAUCGCUGGGCGCGCCGGUCUUUGGAUUAGCCGAAAGUGUCGAAGGUGUCGUAGUCGGUCUGAAGCCUAGAACCACACUGAAAGCCGAAGAACGUGGCAUCGUACUCGAGCUAGAGCACCGAAGGAAGAGCGGCCGUGGUGUGCUGGAGUGGUACUUUCUGCCCACGGCAUCGAGGUCGCUGCAAGCAUCUGCAGGAUCUCAGGCGUUCCGAGAGAUCGUCACAUUGCUUGAUGACCAUCCGCUCUUUAGGAAGCCCAGGGAUGAAGAAAUUUCGGACCAAGAACUGUCAGGAAUGACGUUCGAGCUCGGACUGACUGAUCGACAGCGACUCGAGCGUGAAGGUGUCGUAUUGCCGUACUUUGAUGCGCAAAAGGCUGGCGGCGCAGGCGAAGGCGGGAGAAUCUUGUAUGAUAUGGGCGUUGAGGACGACUUUGACGAGGAGGAAGAUGAAAUAUGAUGACUCUCCCGAUAGAACCUCUUCUCAUGCCCAACGCUCCCAAUUGUGUGUCCAAAU